GAGCCCACAGCUGUAGGCUAGUGUUUAGGCUCUGCUUUUAAUCUACCGGCGAGGAAAGCGAUACGGACGAGCCCAUUCUCGCACUUACAUUCGUAUAUUAGUCACUGAUUUUUUUUUUUUUUGCAGCAGCAGCAGCAGAAAAACCGGUCGAGGGAGGUGGACGGGUGCGAUACUCUGCUAGUUGCGUAGCAGUCUAGCCACACAUUCUUAUAUACGUACACAAAUAUACACACGGGCUACUGCUGCGCUCGCCAGGAUCUCAAUGAGGGGGGAAUGACCGAGAGUGACCUCAAAGGACACGCUAUGUUUUAGCAAGUCUUUCCAUUUUAAAACUCAGACGGCUUUUCAGUAAAAAUGAGGGCAAACAUUUUGUUUGGCGUCUUAGUGUAAGUACGGCAUUCGCUGCUCGCGCGGCGGUCUCGCAAGCCUGCCAGCGGGGCUAGUGUUAGCCAGCUAAGCUAAACUAGCUAAAGCCUACACCGGCUGUUUCCCCGCAGAUGCUAGGCUAGGCUAGCGCGGCCAUGGAUAAAGCGAAGUCAUUGGUGGACAAGAAGGGAGCGUCGGGACCUUUUCAUGUCAACAACGUACAGAGUCCAAGAGGGUUGAACGGCCUCGUCGUGGUAGCCGCUAACGGCAGCUGCUCCACCAGCAAUGCGCUGGGCUUGAGCACAGGACCAGGCAGCAGCAGCAGCAGCACCUUUGAAAUGCAUCACUUGCACCGUGGGGAGGAGAAGGACUGCAACGGGUCCCCGGCAAAGAGAAGCCGGUUGCGAAGGAGGACGGAGUCGGUGAAACGGAACAGACCUCCUUUCCCCUGGUUUGGAAUGGACAUCGGUGGCACAUUGGUUAAGCUGGUGUACUUUGAGCCAGUCGACAUUACUGCAGAAGAAGAGCAAGAAGAAGUUGAAAACCUCAAAUCUAUCCGCCGCUACCUCACCUCAAACGUGGCCUAUGGUAAAACGGGUGUCCGCGAUGUCCACCUGGAACUGAGGAACCUGACCAUGUGUGGCCGGACAGGAAACCUGCACUUUAUCCGCUUCCCGACCCAGGCCAUGCCCCGGUUCAUCCAGAUGGGACGAGACAAGAACUUCUCCAGCCUGCACACGACGCUGUGCGCCACGGGAGGCGGCGCCUACAAGUUUGAGAACGACUUCAGAACAAUGGCUGACCUGGAGCUGCUGAAGCUGGAUGAGCUGGACUGCCUCAUCCGUGGCCUGCUGUUUAUCGAUCGGGUCGGUUUCAACGGACACCCGGAGUGCUACUACUUCCAGAACCCCUCGGACCCCCAGAGUUGCGUGAAAAAGCCCUGCAACCUGGACAACCACUUCCCAAUGCUGCUGGUCAACAUCGGCUCCGGGGUCUCCAUACUGGCGGUCUACUCAGAGAACAACUACAAGCGGGUAACCGGGACAAGUCUGGGAGGUGGAACGUUCCUCGGCCUCUGCUGCCUCCUGACGGGCUGCGAGACGUUCGAGGAGGCGCUAGAAAUGGCCAGCAAGGGCGACUCCACAAACGUGGACAAGCUGGUGAAAGACAUCUACGGCGGGGACUAUGAGCGCUUCGGCCUGCAGGGCUCGGCCGUCGCCUCCAGUUUUGGUCACAUGAUGUGCAAAGAGAAGCGAGACAGCAUCAGGAAGGAAGACCUGGCCAGAGCCACACUAAUCACCAUCACCAAUAACAUAGGAUCUAUAGCACGCAUGUGUGCUGUCAACGAGAAAAUUGAGCGGGUUGUGUUUGUUGGGAACUUCCUUCGGAUCAACACCGUGUCCACAAAGCUGCUAGCCUACGCCAUGGACUUCUGGUCAAAAGGGCAGCUACGAGCCCUCUUUCUGGAGCAUGAGGGUUACUUCGGAGCGGUCGGAGCGCUGACGGAGCUGCUGAAGACGUCGGAGGACCUGUGAAGGAAGUUCGCCGGCCUCUAAACGCUCUGACGUCAUUGUUGGCAGAUGACACUACUGAAAGGUCCUAAUCAAAGACCUCUAAAGGAACACUAAGAGAGACUCAAGACGCUAAGAAAAAGCCAUUUUAAUAAUUUAACUCUUGUAAAUAACGAUAGCCUCUAACAAUUGUUCCCAGAGCUCCUUCUAUAAUAGAGUUUCAAUAUUGUGAUCUUUUAAUUUAUGGUUUCCUGUUGCUCCCUGCGAUCAGGAACCACAGAGACAAAGUAUUUUAGUAAUCUGGGCUUUUACUGGGACGGGGCGGGUGGGUUGUGUUUGUGUGUCUAGCUACUGUAGCAUUACAUCCUGGGGGACAGAAGUACAUCAGGUGACUAUUUUUGCAGCUUCUGCUCAGAAGAGGAUGUCUGCACACAAAAGAAGUCACUCUUCACCGAGCAACUUUUUCUCUCUUUUUUUUUUUUUUCCUUUUUCUUUUCAACCACACGUGGCUCAAGGAAGUAGGUUUGCUCACCUGUUUUGUUGCUCAAAGAGUCGCCCACCAUGCUUCUGUCUUCGAAGGAGUGCACUGAAGCCAAAUCCUGUUGAGAUUCAUCUGCAACCUUCUCGUCUAACGGAAAGCAGAUAAGCUGUUUUGUUUUUCUUUCCUUUUUUUUUUUUUCCCCCCGUUGUCGUUUUGCCCUGCUGCACAUGGCCUUUGCUUUCUUUGUUCGUCCUUUCUCCGUCUGCCUACUUUGCAAGCAAAACUGCAACUCUCGUAUUGCCAAGCACGCAUUUACCCAGCCUCACGAGUUCAGUCCUAGGUGACGGGACCAAAGAUUUGUUUUCUUACAGAUGAUUUGAACGCGUUAUUGAUUUUUAUUUUAUUUUUUUCUCAUUUUCCUCAACCUCUGUCUUCUCUUCCUUUCGUUUGUUUUUUUUUUUUGUUUGUUUUUUUUUAUUAAAAGAAAACUUCCUGCUGAUUUAGAUGUACUCGUUAGGAAUCCAUCACUUGCAACAGAAUGGAAACAGUAAGGAUCAAAAUGUUUCCUACGCUGCAAAAACACAAAGUCUUUGGAAGUAUUUUUGAUCUAGUUUCUAGUACGCUUGAAAUAAGAUGAAACUAACAUACGAAUAACUUUUCAGCACAAUAUAGGAGCUUGUUUUAAGUCAAUAAUUUAUUAAAAUUGAUGGAAAAAGUACUAACUACAAGUGAAAUAAUCUGCCAGUGGAACAGGACAUAUUAGCAUAUAUGUGUAAAAUGUCUUGUCCCAUUUAUAGCUAGUACGUUUUCAUCAAUAUUAAAGAAUUAUCGGCUUAAAACAAACUUUUUUUUUGCUGAAAAGUUGUAAGUUUUUCAAAUGUACUUAGAUAUUUGCCCUAGAAAUUAGAUUAAAAAAAAAUACUUGGUAAGAUUUAGUGUAACGUACAUCCCAUUGGCAGAGGAGGGGAAAAAAUGGUGCAAGUUAAUCUCAAUUGAUGGGUUUUAAUUAAUUUGUUGAAAUUUCAUCCUUCCCCACUCCCUAACCAGUUUCAGGCAUUGAAAUAUGAGGUACUCAAUAUUGAGGUAUUGAACUUUAACACUUGAAUAUUACAGUUUUCACAAUG